AUGACUGAUAUUGAUACAGCUUUGAAUAUUUUAGAGGAUUAUAACAAUAUCACGACCAUCAGUUGUUCUAAUUUUGAUGAAUUAAAUAGUGUUCUGUUUGAGAGAAGUGAUAAGUUAAACUUCACUAUACUUCAUUACAAUAUCAGGAGCUUGCAAGCUCACUAUGAUGAGCUUUGUAUAAACAUAGCGGUGUUAAAUAAGAAUAAAAAUAUAGUCUUGCGCAGUAUCACGACCACCAAAGACAUGGGCGCGCCGCCGCUGCGCUUCAACCAAAUGAUGUGGAGAGCUCUGCUCAAGUUCUCGCUUAAUCUUAGUAUCCGAAAAGUUGACGGAACUCCUCGAACCACCGCGUGGAUGUUCCGUUCCGAAGGGAGAGGAGAUCUGGCCAAAACGGACACUGUUCUAGAAAAAUGUGUAAACGGAUCUUACAAUGGAAUAAAAAAGGUCUUAUUAUUAUAUACAGGAUGCAAGCAAAACCUCAACUCGGACUUCACGGACAGCGCUCUCGGCUCUACAGAUAAGAGUCCUCUGCCUUACGGCAACUUUCAACUUCGCGAUACCACUGUUCAAUCGAUUAUAUCGCAUCCACGCUACGGACCCAAGUAA